CUGGAUAUAUUCAGGAACCAGUAACCAUGGGAACCAAUUCCAAGCUAAUACUUGACAGUAUCUUCAGAUUGGAUCAUGGAACUGAUCUAACUCAGAAGCAACGAACCGAACUAUUUAAAGCGAUGACACCAAUACGUCUGGUAGAAGCAUUCCGAGAUACUAGUUUCAUUGGGCUCGGAGACCAAUAUGCGGCUUUGCAAAUGGACUCACUGAAGGAAACCUUUUUCCUUCUCAAAGGCAACAUUAAGCUCUUAGAACAGGUAGCAGGAGCUAUCUACGAGCACAUGAGGAGGGGAAUGCAGGUAGCAGCAGCUUUCUUCGAGCACAUGAGAAGGGGAAUGCGUUCAGAAUUAUGCGAUGAUGAAAUCGAACCCGAUCUUCUCCUAGUAGUUCCGAUCCUACUCGAGUGUCCAGCCUUCGACAGACCGGAUGAAGAGUGGGGUGGUCGUAUCAUCAAAGAAAUGGCAGUAAUCUUGACCUUGAUGUAUCAAACUUCGAAGAGAAACAUCGCUGUGCUUGAACGUUGGUGGGAUAAGGAUUCUGAUCUUUUAGCCAGAGUGAUCAAGGUCUUCGUACAGGCAUUCAGGCAUGAGCUGAAGUUUUAUCUGGACAAUAAUGCGUCGAAACCACCUGAUAAUUACCCAUACUUUGAGAUAUUGAGACUGGUUCGUAUGUUUGGGAAACGGAAAUGA